AUGGAGAAAAAGCGAGCUCACACACUCUAUAAGUGUUCGAGGUCCCCCUAUGACUACUCAGCUUUUUCCAAACUUCGUGCUAAAUACAAGCACCAAUCUAAAAUAGACUACCAGUCUUAUAUAAAAAAUACCAAAAACUCGUUCAAUCGCAAUCCCUCACUAUUUUGGAAAUCUAUUAAAAAUUUAAACCAAAAAAACACAGUACCACAGUACACUCUACGCUGGAACAGUGAUACGGUUGAUAAUCCUCUGGGUUCGGCUAACCUAUUCUCUAAGUACUUUUAUUAUAUGUAUAACAACUCUAUUUCUUCGCCCGUCAAUAUUUCUAAUACUAAUAUUAUUCCGUAUGAACUUCCUUCUAAUUGCCACUUCAAACUCGACGAUGUACAACUUGCACUCAACUCUUUAAAAAACACCAACUCUAAUGGCCCAGACGGGAUUUCAGCAUGUUUACUUUUUAAUUGUCAAGAUUCUAUUGUCUAUCCUUUUUUCCUACUCUUUGGGCUAUCUCUUGUAAGGGUAUCUUUCCAGCUGCUUGGAAAACAUGUUCUGUCACCCCUGUUUUUAAAUCUGGAGAUCCCUCGUUCGUUUCUAAUUACAGGCCUAUUUCCAUCCUACCACACAUUUCUAAAAUGUUUGAGUCCAUCGUAUACUCCUCGAUCAAAAGAAGUCUUAACCAUAUUCUUAUAG